AUGGAAUUAUCGCCAGGAUCCACCACCAUAUCAGGUCGUCCGCGGAGACGGGCCGUUGAAGCAUGCACCUUUUGCCGGAAGCGCAAGAUCAAGUGCAACAACGAGCAGCCGACAUGUGCCAAUUGCAGGACGUACGCGAAGGACUGUGUCUACGAGCCACUGACCGAAACGAAUGCCUCCGCUCAGCCUCGGACAUCCACUCGGCGCCGUCAGCGGCCCAUGCCUGCUGGUCAACGGUGCAGCUCCCCCUUCCGCUCCGAGCCACGCAACCCGGAUUUACCCCGCGUCAAUGAUGCUAGCACGUCCAACCCCAAUGCUGCUGAUCACGAUGUGGAUGCUGCACGUUGUGAACAGUCCCAGCACGGCACAGAGACCAGCCCAGCAACGACUCCUCGGGCUGGCGUAUCUCGCAUUGUGGUGUCAGCCAAUGGUGUCUCGAGUUAUCAUGGACGCACGAGUGCCCUGUACGAGGACAACGUUCAGGAGCGAGCUCCAGCGGCUGACCUGCAUCCGAGGAUGCCAGAAGCAUGGAUUGAAAAAGGCCUAGUUGCUGAAGCUGCCACGCAACGCCAGCUUGAGGAUUUCAAUUACCAAUCCGGUGCACUCGACUUUGAUGAUCUUGGCCGCAAGUUUUCUGACGAGGACCUUGAGAUACGAAGGCGCGUGUUCUGGGGCGCUUUCGUCGUCGAUAAGAUACAAAGCCUGUACCAGGGUCGGCCCGUCACCAUCAAGGAGUCCGAUACUCUUGUGCCCAUCAAGUUCCUCGACACCUACGAAGAAUUUGAGCAUUGGAGGCCCUUCGCAUAUAUCAGUCAAUCGAAUGACUAUCCUGGCUCGCCGGCAUACAGCGUCUCAACCUUCACAUCGCUAUGUCGAUUAUCGGUUGCCAUGAGCGACAUCCUAGGUUGCAUUUACACGGAGAGAAGUUUCAGCCAGGCCGCGACCGAGCUGUCCAAGAUGCUAGAGACACUGAAUGCCAAGCUGAGUGCUUGGAAGGAAUCGCUGCCUACACAUCUUAUAUUCGACCCAAACAAAUCUUCUUGCAUACCUCCACCGCACGUGUUGAGCUUGCACGCCAUGUAUCAUGCUGAGAUUGCAGUGCCCGACAAUAUUUCACCUAGUGCAGGGUGGUCCGAUAUCGAUGGCAUCAUCCAAAGCUUUGUCAGGGGCCAGGACGGGUUUGCCGCAGCGAGCGAGUAUCAAGCCGACCUGGGCCAUAUGGACAAUUUCAUACCAGCACAAACUGCACCAAUCCCAUCGGGCGGUUUUUACCACAACAGCGAAGUUAUAAGACCUCUUGAUGAUCGCAACCCGAGUGACAACACAGUCACAACUUGGUCCACGGAUAUCCACGCACCGGGUGGGACAGCCUCGAUUGAUGACCUGCUCUUCGGGUUUAACGGCUCAGCCCUUGACAGUUUCCCGUUCUGA